UCCGAAGCUGCAGCGGCGGCGGCGGCGCUGGGUCUCUCGCCUUUCGUCCGGCUGCUUGCGCGAUGUGAGCCUCUGGAUCGCAGAAGCGGCGGGCGCAGCGCGAUGGAGCGCACCAAGCUGUUCGUGGCGCUGGAUGUGCUGUGCCUGGUGGUCGCCUCACUUCCUUUCGCCAUCCUGACCUUGGUGAAUUCUCCCUACAAACGAGGUUUCUACUGUGAGGACACUUCCAUCCGUUAUCCGUACAAGCCGGACACCAUUACACAUGGGGUGAUGGCUGGGGUGACUAUUCCCUGCACCGUUUUUAUAAUUUCAGUCGGCGAGGCUUACCUGGUCUACACGGAACGCUUGUACUCCCGUUCCCAGUUUAACAAUUACCUGGCCGCCCUCUACAAAGUUGUUGGGACGUUCUUGUUCGGUAGCGCCGUCAGCCAGUCGCUAACUGACUUGGCCAAGUACACGAUCGGCCGUCUGCGGCCCAAUUUCCUGGCUGUCUGUCAGCCAGACUGGACGAAAGUGAAUUGCUCGCUUUACGUCCAUGUGGAAGACGUGUGCCAGGGCAACUCCAGAAACAUCACGGAAUCCAGAUUGUCAUUCUAUUCUGGGCAUUCCUCCUUUGCGAUGUACUGCAUGAUGUUUUUAGCGGUGAGUGAGUGA